AUGGUUCAGUCACCGAUGCUGUCGUGUCCGCUGAAGCAAACCAACGAAAUUGAUUGGAUUCAACCCCUCAAAGAUUACAUCCGGCAGACUUACGGCGAGGACCCUGAAACCUACAAUCAAGAAUGUGUCACCCUCAACCGCCUCCGGCAGGAUAUGAGAGGCGCCGGAAAGGAUAGCGCUACCGGUCGCGAUCUGCUCUAUCGCUAUUAUGGCCAGCUGGAGCUGUUGGACCUGCGGUUCCCGGUUGAUGAGAACCAUAUCAAGAUCUCCUUCACAUGGUAUGAUGCAUUCACUCAUAAACCGACCUCGCAGUACUCCCUCGCAUACGAGAAAGCCUCCAUCAUCUUCAACAUCUCUGCUGUCCUCUCCUGCCAUGCUGCCAACCAAAACCGUGCCGAAGACACUGGAGUUAAGACAGCCUACCACUCCUUCCAAGCGUCGGCUGGAAUGUUUACAUAUAUCAAUGAGAACUUCCUUCACGCGCCCUCUACUGACCUAAACCGAGACACAGUCAAAACAUUGAUCCAUGUUACCCUCGCGCAGGCCCAGGAGGUCUUCCUGGAGAAGCAAAUGGCCGAUGCGAAGAAGCCUGGGUUCUUGGCCAAGCUGGCGGGCCAGGCCGCCUAUCUAUAUUCUCAGGGAGCGGAGACAAUGCAAGACUUUGCCAGCAAGGGCGUUUUCGACAAAGUGUGGUCUGUUGUGGUGCAGGCAAAGGCAGCUCACAUGGGCUCAGUAGCGUCCUACUUCCAGGCUCUUGCGGAUGAUGAGAGCGGAUCUCACGGCGUUGCCAUUGCGCGACUGCAGUUGGCUGAUAAGCAGGCCAACACUGCCCUCGGUUGGGGCAAGUCAUUCCCCUCAUCAGCUCCUGCAACCUCAAAUCUGACAGCUGAGGCCGGUCCCGCUCUGGUGGAACUUAUCAAACACAAUCAAGCGAAUGUGCAGUCCAAGCUUGCCACGAUGAUAAAGGAUAAUGACUUCAUUUACCACCAGCCGGUCCCCAAUGAGGCGGGUUUGUCACCAGUUGCCAAGAUGCCUGCCGCAAAGGCGAUUCCAGUCAGCGAGCUCUACCAAGGACAGGAUAUUCAACGGAUUAUCGGCCCAGAUAUUUUCCAAAAGCUCGUCCCCAUGUCUGUCACAGAGACUGCCAGUCUAUACGAUGAGGAGAAGGCCAAAUUGGUUCGUGCAGAGACCGAAAAGGUCGAGACAGCAAACGGUGAGAUGGCCGCUAGCCUGGAUUAUUUAAAGCUGCCAGGUAGCCUCAACAUCUUAAAGGGUGGAAUGGACCAGGAUAUGACGGUUGAUGAAGAGUUCCGCCGCUGGUGCUCGGAGCUUGGUGGUCACAAACCAUUCAACAGGGCAUUUGACGAGCUACAGGAGCGCAAAGCAGAGGUACAAUCCCACCUGGAUCAAUGCUCUAAGCAACUAGACAUGGAAGAGAGCGUCUGCGAGAAGAUGCGAUCCAAAUAUGGGGGCGAUUGGAGCCAGCAACCCAGUGGCCGCCUUAAUACGACACUCCGGGGAGAUAUUCGAACAUACCGUGAUACCAUCGCAGAGGCUAGUGCAAGCGAUACUCAGCUUUCCGCCACAUUCCGGCAAUACGAGUCGGACUUUGACCAGAUGCGUUCUGCUGGGGAAACCGAUGAAGCGGACAUUCUUUUCCAACGAGCCAUGAUCAAGGUUGGGUCCAAGCAAGGCAAGGGCAAGAAUGGAGUUGCCAGUCCCGCGGAGGGUAGCCUGCUAGACGAUGUCUAUGACGAGGGCGGUAUCUCUGUGUCAGAUCAGAUCAACAAGGUGGAGGAGAUCUUAAAGAAACUCAAUCUCGUCAAACGCGAGCGAUCUAACGUGCUGAAAGACCUCAAAGACAAGGUUCACAAUGAUGACAUCUCUAACGUGUUGAUCUUAAACAAAAAGUCGAUUACUGGCCAAGAAAGUCAGCUCUUCGAAGCCGAAUUGGAGAAAUUCCGGCCGCACCAGAACAGACUUCUGCAGGCCAAUCACAAGCAGUCAUCCUUGAUGAAGGAACUGACCAAGACAUACGGCGACCUGCUCCAGGACAAGCGUGUUCAGUCCGAACAAUCCAAGUAUGAAGGUAUCACGCGGCAGAGAAAUGCGGUGAUGGCUCGAUACAAGAAGGUGUAUGAGGCAUUCAAUGGCCUCACCAUGGGCGUCUCUCAGGCACGGAAGUUUUAUAAUGACAUGGGUGACAAUGUCGACAGCAUGAGGAAAAACGUGGAGACCUUCAUCGGCAACCGUCGGUCCGAAGGCGCACAGCUUCUGAGCCAGAUUGAGCGCGACAAGGCCGUUGGUGUCUCGGACCAGGAAGACCUUGAACGAGAGAAGCUCCGCCAGUUGAUGGAGCGCCUGUCCACAGAACCGAAGCCAUCUUCUAGUUCACCUUCCACGGUGUAUGGAGCCGUUGGCCCUGAACCGAAGAUGUCACCCCGCUAUCCGCCCAGCAUGCCGGGAGCAGUUCCACUGUCACAUUCCCCAGCGCCUUAUGGCCAGUAUAUGGGAGGUGCUCCGGGCUACAAUCCUGCUCAGCCCUUCCAGCAAGGUGCAGCUGCUCCGUUGUCAGAAGGUUAUAACCCCAUGGCAUACCCCUACCAAACCCCGGUCUCUCCACCGCCAAACCAGCAAUACUUUUCCCAGACACCAACGCCAUAUAGCGGCUACCCCAGCGCCAGCCCAGCUCCUUCCUCGGCCGUUAGUACUCAACCAUCACACUACAUGGCUCCGCAGGGCUACAUUCCUCCCCCGCCACCCCCGCGCCCGCAGCAAACCCAAUACCCACCCUCAGCCAGCGGCCCGUACCCCUCUGGACCUGGGGGUUAUGCGCAGGCAAGACCACCAUACGGACACAGCAAGACACCCUCGCAGUCGCAGCAGCCACCAUCUGCGUCUAAUGACCCGUGGGCUGGUCUCAAUGCGUGGAAAUGA